AUGGAGAUGCGUCGUCUCACCGCUACCCUCCUAGGCAUUGCCAUUGCGGCAAUUGUCCUCGCUUUGGCCCUUCCGCACUGGGGCUGUGGCAACCUCAUCGAAAACUGCCCCCGAGGCUACGAUCGUGACGCCAUAAUUGCAGUCGCUGCCCUUCUCAUUAUCGGCCUAGCCUGCCUGAUUAUUGUCUUCAUCAUCGACCUGGUCUUGAUCUGCUCUAGCGUCGUGCCAGCGGGUCUCAUCACCGCACGCUUCGUCCUCCUGUACUUGGGCGCAGCACUCAUUUUGAUAGCCGUUAUUGUGUUCACGGCGAAGAGGAAUGCCCUUUGGUCGUACUUCCUUGCGGUGAUUGGCGCUAUUUUCACCGUCCUGGUGGCCAUCCUGGCGAUCAUGUCCUCUAGAUGCGUGACCGGCACUGAGCGCGUCGUUGUACGAACCACACACUAG